UGCAGUGAAGUCUGGAAGAAGGUAUUCAUCUCUGAUCGUCACAGGAACUCCUGCCUCUGGAGGAAACCCCCUUUCCUCUCUCCUGCUGAUUAUGAAGUGGUGUUGCCUCUGAUGCCAUCCCAUUCCUUACUUCUGCUUAGAAGAUACUAGUGAAAAUUGUCACCAAGAAGCCAUGGUCUAAAACUCAUUUGGUUUUCCAGGCUUGUUCCUGGAAGCUAGAUCACUUCAGAGUCAAGAAGCAUUAACAUCAGCAAUGGGAACACAUGAGCGACGAGGGGAAAGCAAGAGAAAGAGCAAGGAAGGGGAAAGGCAAGACCAUCUCUGACAGCAGCAGCACAACGUUACAUCUGUAGCAUAAGGCAGUCGUGAGAUCAUGGUGCGGAUUUGCUCGGGCACUGCCAGCAACAGCCGCGGCAGGGGCUGCCUCUAAGCCCACCGGGGCACACCUGGGGGAAGGUGCCACCGUCCCCUUCUCCCCCAGCUUCCCGCCGCGCAGUCCACGCCAGGCCCCUGGGCUCGCGCUCUCCUCUCCUUCCCACUGCCUCACGCUGCUCCUUAGCUCACAGCCUACGUGAGGUUUGUCUCCGGUAACUCCUGCACACGGGCCACCAGCAGCUGCAUCUGCAGGCACCGGCAAGUCGGUCCUUUACGACUCUGGCUUAAACCCAUCUGUGUUAACCCCUUUCUUCAUUUAGAAACAGCAUGCUGAUGGGUGGGAGGUGGGCAGAGCCAGCGGAGAAAUGCCUCAGAUUAUCAGAGCACCCUCACCUGCUGUUCAUAAUCGUUUUGGGGGUUCUUUCGGCAAACUUUCCCGGAGCUCAGGAGCAUUUUGCAAGGAAUCCCUGGGAGUCCCUGUGCUGGGGCUGGAGGAACUUCCCCCCUCCUGGGACAAGAGGACCGGGAAGUAAAACAGCACACUGAAGCUCCUUAACCAUUAGCAAUAAUAGCUAUUCCACAAUCCUGUCAAUCAGUUGGUUGGUAUCUGCUGUUUAAUUAGCAGGAUCGUUUAAGCCUUUCGCUAGCAUUUGUCCAGCUCAGAUGGAACCUCCCCUCACAUGCAAAACAGCUUUGCUAUUUAAAUGUGGGCUUGCAUAUCCAUGCCAGCUGCUACCUCUCGGGGAUCCAAGACAGCUGACAUCCCUGCCACUGUAGAUAAUGUUUUAGGCUGGAGACUAGUCAGGAAGACUGAGGCAAACCUCCCUUUUAUCUAAUCCAAUAGGCGUGCUUUUUUUUCCCUUUGACGUGACUUCAAGGAGACGCAGAGUGGAAGAGAAGGGUGAAAACUGCUCUCCAGGUAGAUACACACUCUCUGCAGCUGCAUAAGUGAUUUCCAGUUUGCUUCCAUCUAGUCCUGAAUUAGCAAGACAGCCUUCAAAAAGCACGAUGGCUUCACUUCCUGUAUUGAAGCAGGAGACGUUGUUCCAGAAUGGUACGUGGAGCUAUCGAGUUCCAGCCUUGCUCUACCUGCCACGUUUCAGCACCAUCUUGGCAUUUGCAGAGGAACGAGAGGAUGUGGUGGAUGAACAUGCCAAGCUAAUCGCCAUGCGCAGAGGCGUGUAUGACCCAACCACGCACCAUGUUCAGUGGAGUAGGAUGGAGACUAUUGUCAGUGCACAGCUGAAGGACCACCGAUCUAUGAACCCCUGUCCUGUUUACGAUGAGGUCUCGGGGAACCUCAUCCUGUUCUUCAUAGCCGUCCCAGGAAAGAUCUCUGAGCAGCACCAGCUCAGGACAAAGAUCAACCUGGUACGUCUUUGUCACGUCACUAGCGCGGACCAGGGACGCACCUGGAGCGCUGCCCAGGAUCUCACUGAGGGGACCGUUGGCACUAAGUACAAGAACUGGGCCACUUUUGCCGUGGGACCGGGUCACGGAUUGCAGCUGCUCAACGAGGCCCGGAGCCUUGUGAUUCCUGCCUAUGCCUAUCGCGUCCUUGACCCUAGGCAGCACCCCACCCCUCACGCCUUUUGCUUCCUCAGCUCCGACCACGGGGCCACAUGGGCGCUGGGGAACUUCGUGGAGGAGGAGAGCGCGGUGGAGUGUCAGGUGGCGGAGGUGCACGCCUGCGGCCGGGAGGCGCUCUACUGCAACGCGCGGAGCAGCACGGGCGCCAGGAUCCAGGCUGUCAGCUACAACCACGGGGUGGACUUUGAGGGAGGCCAGCGGGUUGAAACGCUGGUAGAGCCUCCCUUCGGAUGCCACGGAAGUGUUACUGCCUUCCCACCUCUCCUGGGUGCCAGGUGCCAAGAUAGUUGGUUGCUCUACACUCACCCUACAGACCCGAAGGACCGAAAGGAUUUAGGAAUUUACCUCAACAAAAGCCCUUUAAAUCCAAAAUCCUGGACAAAACCGAGCAUCCUCUUCAAGGGCCUGUGUGCCUAUUCGGAUCUGCAGUACAUGGGGGUGGGCCCAGAUGGCUCACCCCUGUUCUCCUGCCUCUUUGAAUUUGGGACUCACAAGCAAUAUGAGAAGAUAAUCUUUGUCAUGUUCACUUUGAAGCAAGCCUUUCCAUCAGAGUCCUGAGUGUCAAACCUCCUGGGGAUCCCUCAGAAAACCACCUUUCCUGAUCCUCCUCCUCCUCCUCUCUUUCACUUCUUGUCUUUCAGCGAAAGGUUUUUCUUGCUCCUCUUUGGCCCUGAGUUUGUCAUUGGCUUGUGACAUCUAUGGAUUACAAAGUCUAUUAAACGUACUGAAACUAAACGUG